GACACACUUAUACACAUACACAGUCGCGGCCCCUCCCCGUGCUUGUUCCCGUGUUUCUCCAGCUUUCAUCGGCUAAAACAGGCAAACGGACCGCUGGCCAGAACCGGACCGAAACUGGGCUCCUCUUCCGCGGUAACAAACGGCUUCGGUAACACCGGAAGUAGCGGUUCAUGACGCACUCGUGUUGUUUCGCCUUGCGGUUAUGGAGGAAAGCUUCUGUUAGAUUUGAAAUCGUUUUAAAGUGACUCCGUGGGUGGUUAGCUAACUCCGCUGGCAGCAUCUUGUUUUGGUUGUUUUGGUCGGUUAACCCUCGGAGGGGUUCAGUAUUAGCAGCCAUGCAGGCAGGAGGAUUCGGGACGGUUCUGGGACUAUUGGUGCUGCUGGGUUUGGGUUUCCGUCGCGGCGGCUCCUUCAACCUGGAUGCGGAGAAACCCUCCGUGUUCUCCGGUCCCGAGAGAAGCUACUUCGGCUUCUCGGUGGACUUCUUCAAGACCUCCAACAACCUGAACUCGGACGUUCUGGUCGGAGCGCCGCGGGCGAACGCCUCGUCUACCGGCAGCGUCGUGGAGAGAGGCGCCGUGUACAGCUGUCCCUGGAAGAGCUCCUCCGCCUGCCAGCUGCUGCAGUUCGACACCUCAGAUGACAGGAAGAAUGGCCAAGGAGCUCAGAUGGAGUUUAAAUCCAAGCAGUGGUUCGGUGCCUCGGUACGAUCUGAUGGAGAACACAUCCUGGCCUGUGCUCCCCUGUACCAGUGGUCGACCUUCGGCGUGUCCGAGCGAGAGCCGGUGGGAACGUGUUACCUGAAGAAAGGAGCGACCGUGGUCGAGUACUCGCCCUGCAGAUCGAGUGCUAACUCUCCCGAGGGGCAGGGCUUCUGCCAGGCCGGCUUCAGUGUCGACUUCCUCAAGAAGAGCAACCGAGUGGUGGUGGGAGGACCUGGCAGCUUCUACUGGCAGGGUCAGCUGAUUUCUGAUGACGUCUCAGAGAUUUUUACCCGGUUUGACAAGCAAUACAUCACUCCGUACGGAAACACCCUCGCCACCAAGUCGGCCAGUGCUCAGUACGAUGACAGUUACCUAGGAUACUCGGUGACUGUCGGAGACUUCAACUCCGAUGGAAAAGAAGAUUAUGUGACCGGAGUACCUCGUGGAGACAAGGCGCUGGGUUAUGUGAACAUCUUCAACGGCCUGAACAUGGAGUCCAUGGUGAACUUCACAGGAACUCAGAUGGCGGCCUACUUUGGACACUCUGUGGCAGCUUCUGAUGUCAAUAACGACGGUCUGGUGGAUCUGUUUGUUGGAGCUCCUCUCUUCAUGGACAGAGGGUCAGAUGGGAAACUGAGGGAGGUGGGACAGGUGUCGGUGUACAUGGGUCGCGGUGGAUUUUCCUUCCACCCACCUCAGUUGCUCACAGGGUCUGAUUUUUACGCCAGAUACGGUUCGGCCAUCACGGCGCUGGGAGACCUGAACAUGGACGGAUACAACGACGUUGCCAUCUCUGCUCCGUACGGAGGCCCCAACCGUCAAGGUGUAGUCUACAUCCACAACGGCCGCCCCCAUGGGCCCGACCCCUCACCUUCCCAGGUCCUGACGGGCACGUGGGCGUCCAGCUACAUGCCUGCUAGCUUCGGAUACUCCAUGACUGGAAAUACUGACAUAGACCAGAAUGGAUAUCCAGAUUUAAUAGUGGGAGUGUUCGGAGCAGACAAAGCUGUUUUAUACAGAUCUCGUCCAGUGAUCAGUGUGAAUGCCACGUUAGACAUGACUCCUCAGAUUAUAAACCCCGAGGAAAAGACCUGCAAACUUCCUGGUACCACCACGCCGGUGUCCUGUUUUAAGGUGAAGUACUGUCUGAAGGCCAGUGGCCGCGGAGCUCCAGCUGAUCUCAAUUUCCGCGUGGACCUGCUGUUGGACCGCCUGAAGCAGAAGGAGGCGACCAAACGCGUCCUCUUCCUGUACACGCGCAACUUUCAGUACUCCAAGAACAUGACGGUGGGCAACGGCAAAGGCCCCGCCUGCGAGGAGCAGGACGUCUUCCUGAGGGACGAUCGGGAGUUUCGGGAUAAGAUCACUCCCAUCUCCGUGGUGAUGGAGUACAGUCUGGACUUGCAGCGAGCGGCAGACUCGACCGGACUGCAGCCCAUCCUCGACAUGUCCACGCCGUCCAACGUCACCAAGCAGGCUCACAUCCUGUUGGACUGUGGAGACGACAACAUCUGUAAACCCAACCUGAAGUUGUCGGUGAAGAGCGACCGCCAGCAGAUCUACAUCGGCGACGACAACGCUCUGACUCUGGAGAUCAGCGCCGAGAACCAGGGAGAGGGCGCCUACGAGGCCGAGCUGCACGUCUACCCUCCGCAGCAGGCCGACUUCACCGGCGUCGUCCGCAGCCAGACCCUCAGCCGGCUGUCCUGCGCUUACAAGAAGGAGAACCAGACCAAGAUGGUGGUGUGUGACCUGGGAAACCCCAUGAAGGGAGGAACCAAGGUGCUGGCGGAGUUGAGGUUCAGCGUGCACCAGCUGUCGGAGGAGGACACGUCGGUGAAGUUCGACGUGCAGAUCGUCAGCUCCAAUCAGUUCGACAACACGAGUCCUCGAGUGUCCAGCGUCACCAGUCUGGCUGUCCUCGCUAAAGUCUCCAUCAGAGGGACGUCGUCCCCUGGUCAGGUUCUGCUUCCCAUCGCCAACUGGAAGACUAAAGAGCGUCCUGUGGUCGGAGACGACAUCGGACCACUCAUAGUACACGUCUACGAGCUGCUGAACAGCGGGCCCAGCACCAUCAGCAAGGCGUCUCUGGAGGUGGAGUGGCCGUCCCGGUACAAGAACGGCUCGCUGCUCUACAUCACCAGCUUCGACACGGACGGACCCAUCAACUGCACCUCGGACACGGAGAUCAACCCGCUCAACGUCUCGGUGGGACACACACACACACACUACACCACCACGCACGCACACACAAUCUGUGUUCGUUAAACAUUU